GUCAGCAUUCAAAAAUGCAUGUAACUUUUCAUCUUCUAUUCUCUAAUUUAUUUUUUCCCUCUUUCGUCUCUGUUCCUGAUUUUCUCACUGUUCCUUUCUCUCGCUUGUCUUUUCAUUUGAAGAGGUUUUGAUUGUUGGAGAAGGCAUUCAAGUUUCUGCCGGAAUAUUUGAACUUUAGGGGUGUUUUACAUUUGGGAGCCUGUGGUAAAAGUAACUGUUGGCUGAUUAUAAAUGGCACCAAAUAAAAGGGUGGGUGCGGCCUAUCGUGCAAUGGCAAGUCUUGGUGUUGAUGAAUCGAAAGUGAAAUCAGUGUUAAAGAAACUCCUCAAAGUGUAUGAUAAAAAUUGGGAGCUUAUCGAGGAAGAAAAUUAUAGAGUUCUAGCAGAUGCUAUAUUUGAGGAUGAUGACAAUAUGGUUCCUGAACUGAAAAGGAAGAGCCAGACAGUAGAUGCGCAUAACACUCAUCACUCUUUGUCUUCUUCCUUAUCAAACAACCUAGAAGAAGAAACAGAGUGUGAAGAGGCUCAGAUGCAUGUUGAAACAGCUCGACCUUUGAAAAGGCUGCCAUUAAGAGGCCAAGAGAUUCAGCCUUUGCAUCCUUCAACUAAUAGUGCUCCCAGCCCUCCAUCAAAAAAGUUUAAAUCAGAAGAUAGUGGAUUACCUGGGGGUUGUUCUGGGAAGAAACCUCAAAACAAAGCAGUGUCAUCUGAUGGGAAUCCAAGAAUUGAAGCACAUGUGUCACCCCGAGAUGGCAUUGUUGAUAAGGGAAAGCAGCCUGCAUCAACCCAAGUUUCUCACAGAGGAAGAAGACUUGCAUCUGAAAGAGUGUCCCCAUCGAUACCAUCUAAAGAACCAACAGUUGAACCGGGAAAAAUUCUGUUGCCAAACAACCAAAUGUCUCGAACUCAUGUACUGCUCGUACCCAAGGACGAGCCUGUUGAUGAAUUGCCUGAUUAUGAGAUGCCCAUUGCAGUGAUUCCUCCUGAGCCAUCGAAUGUAAGGGACUCGUCAAUGAAAAACGGUGUAGCUGGAAAGCAUGGUGACCAUGUUACCAUGUCAUCAUCACAACACAGGGGAAGAGUUAGAGAUGAAGAUAUUCCUACCUCAAAUGGAGAGGCAACUUGUAAUGUUGAGAUAGCAUCAUCAACUCUUGGAGAGGUAAAACUUUCUUUGAGCUGCAGCUCAGCUCUUCAGGGAUCAGGUUUUCAUAUGCCUAGUCAAGAUCAACUUCUACAAAAGAUAGAGGAUAAAUGUCUACGUUCAUAUAAAAUCAUUGACCCAAAAUUUUCUGUUUCGAAACUGUUGAGAGAUAUAUGUGAUUGCAUGUUGGAAUUCAGAACUAAUUCAAGUGAUGACUCACGAGAAGGCUCUAUAAUAAGAUCAGGUGCUGAUGUGUCAAAGGAGUCACAGGAAAAUCAUGGCACACCAAAUGUGGGAGAAAGUAAAGAUUUGGACAUGUUGUCUGGAUCUUCAAACGGAUCAAUCGAUGUUAAUGCUUCUACUGGUUUGGUUUCCCUUUCUCCUCGAAGACCUUUUUCACUCACCCACCUGAGUGGGAUGGAUGAUGCUGUCCUAGUUUCCAAGAUGGACAUAACUGAUUUUUCACAAAAUAAUGGCAGAAAGGAGCCAGAAGGUCCCACCUCUCCAAAUUCACGUAGUUUAGUGGUUGUUCCUCAGCAUAACCUUACAACUGAUGAUAUGAGGUCUAUUCAUGAUGUAAAUGACCUUACUAAAGGAGAAGAAGAUGUUAAAAUUUCAUGGGUGAAUGAAACUACUAAUGAUUUUGCACCUCCUUUUAACUACAUACCCCAAAACCUUGUGUUCCAAGAUGCUUAUGUAUGCAUUUCUCUAUCACAUAUUGGUGGUGAGGACUGUUGUUCGACUUGUAUGGGCAAUUGUAUCUUGUCUUCUACACCCUGUGCUUGUGCAAAUAAAACUGGCAGUGGAUUUGCAUACACUGCUCAAGGCCUACUGAAGGAAGAAUUAUUAGAAGAGUGCAUUGCCAUCAGUCACAACCCUCAACAAAAUUUCUUCUAUUGCAAAGAUUGCCCACUGGAAAGAUCUAAGAAUGAUGGUUGUUUAGAACCAUGUAAAGGACACUUGAAGAGGAAGUUUAUUAAAGAAUGUUGGAGCAAAUGUGGCUGUGGCAAACAGUGUGGCAAUAGGGUUAUCCAGCGAGGAAUAACUUGUAACUUGCAGGUAUUUUUUACUUCAGAAGGAAAAGGAUGGGGCCUUCGUACCUUAGAGGACCUGCCAAAAGGUGCAUUUGUGUGUGAGUUUGUUGGAGAAAUUUUAACCAUUAAAGAGUUGCAAGAGAGGAACCUGAAGUGCAAUGAAAAUGGGAAAUAUACAUACCCAGUUCUACUGGAUGCAAAUUGGGAUUCAGGACAUGUGAAGGAUGAAGAAGCUCUAUGCUUGGAUGCAGCUUCAUUUGGCAACACUGCUAGGUUUAUCAAUCACAGAUGUUUUGAUGCAAACUUGGUUGAGAUCCCUGUCGAAGUUGAGGAUCCCAGUCAUUACUACUAUCAUUUUGCCUUUUUCACUUCGAGAAAAAUAGCAGCACGGGAAGAGCUAACAUGGGAUUAUGGCAUUGACUUUGAUGACCAUGAUCAUCUGGUCAAGCUGUUCCAGUGCAGAUGUGGCAGUAAAUUCUGCAGGAAUAUGAAGAGAUCAAACAGAUCUAUUAGAUCUGCCUCUAAUGCAAUAUGAUAGCCUUUCUUCGUUAAAACCAAUUUUGUUGUCUCACCGUGCGCUGGAUGAGUUGUAAAGAGAUCCAGUCUACUUCGACAAGUGGUGCUUUUCGUUUAGUUAGUGGUUGGAAGACUAGUUUCUUUGUACAGGUAUAUGAAAACUAUUAUAGGCAGACAUGGCCUACGAAAGGAAAGAGUUAACGUUUAUUUUGGGAUUAUUUUGGUACUUAUCAGAGGUUCAAACUAAGAUAUGAGCAAAAUGGAUGUUUGCUAAAACAAAACGGUGGGGCAGUAGUAAAGGUGAAUAUUUUUAGUAUUUAACUGCAGCGUCUUUAGGGCUUUGAAAUCUUUAUCUUUUCUCAAUAUCAACACCCCUUACGUUGUAAUUUCGUGUUAUGAAAUAUGUUACCCAUGCAUGCUUGCUUUGAGGUUAUUCACUCU